UGUUUUUUUUACUUGUUUUUUUUGCAAAUUUUUUUUAAAGCAAAUUUUUUUCAAUUGCGUCCACCCGUGUUCUCAACCUUUACUUUUUUCCAUCCCAACCGAAGGAUUAUUACCCCCCCCCCCCUGAAAUGGGAGAAAUGGGGAAAAAAUUAAGAGAAGAAUGGUUACCAGGGUCCGGUAUUCAAGUCAGAAUUUUUUUUAGCUGUCCAAACUUUUCUGGUUUUAGGUAUCUCGCUCGACAAACAUAUUUUUAAACUAUAGCUAAAAAAAUUUUUAAAAAUAAAAAAAAAUUUCAAGAAAUUCACCUUUGCCUCAAAAUCAAUGCCGUACAGACACAAAUAUUCAUGUUAUUGAAAGAAUUAGAAUUGCGUGCUACUUUUACUUCUCAAGUAAAUUAUUUGGGAAAUUCCAUGUUAAAUGUCACCAAUGUCGCCAUUCUUGUUAGUGCGACUGAGCGAGAUGGUACACAAGGCAAACAACCCUCACAAGUUGUUUUUGAGAAAGUUGCUUUUAUCUGCAACAAUUUGGGUACUAAUAACCUCAUGGAAAAGGUUUUUUUCUUUAUAAAAAUAUUGGACUUUUUUCGAACAAAACUAACAUUUCACGGUACUACUCCGUUAUCCCUACCCGUUUUUGCGGACUUUUUUGCGGACAUUUUUUCCUUCUGCAGUCUGUACAUAGUCAGAUUGCCUUCUCCCUUUCCAUGUCAAGCAAUCAAACGAUUAAAUUUAGUGAAUAAAAGAUGA